ACGCCAUAGUUGUUCGUAACUAACGAAUAUCGAACUAAAAGCGACAAAAAACUCGAGCAAUGGCGGACGCAGCAGGAGCGUCUUCGAAACCUGAGGAAGAAGAACGACAGGGGAAUGUCGCUGAAGCUGAGAUCGGCUUCGAACAUCUCGAGGAAGUGGCGGAUGAUGAAGAGUGGCAACCGGGCGAAGACGAGGAGGAUGAAGACGGAGAAGAGGAACAAGAAGAUGACGAGGAAGGGGAGGAAGAUGAGGCCGCUUCCGAAGCGAUCGCCCCGGAAGAGCAUGUUUCGGGCGAAACUACAAUGGUCAUCGUGGAGACAGAAACAUUGGAUGCGGGAACAGCCGCGGUCGAGCCUCAGGAAGUCGAAUGUUCCGUCUGUAAAGUAAUUCUGGGCUCUAAAAACGCUCUGGGCGCACACAUGCGAAAGGCUCACCAACGUGGAGAUCCCUCCCGGAGGAACCACAUAUGCUCAUUUUGCAACAAGGCCUUCACAACUUCUUCGAAUCUGCAACAGCACAAGCGUCUCCAUUUCAAUGAGAGGCCCUUCCAAUGCAAUCGCUGUAACAAAGGCUUCGCAACCAGCACGAAUCUGAAACAACAUUAUAGAACGCAUACCGGAGAUCGUCCGUUCCCUUGCAAUUACUGCUCCAAGCGCUUCGCUACGAACUCGAAUCUUCGCCAACACAUAAGAACUCACACAGCCGACAUUAUCGCCGAUUCAACGAUCCAAGCUUCCGUGAAAAGCAAUGCGGACGGAUCUGAAACCUGGGAAGUGGAAGGCGGCAAUGUGAAUCUAUCACUCAUCCCGCCCAUCUGUCUGCAACAAUAUAUCUGCAAUGACUGCAACAAGGUGUACUCUAAUUCAUCAAACCUCGCGCAGCAUCGAAGAACGAUCCAUCCGAGAGAUUUCGUGAGAAGAUAUCUAUGUGAAUACUGCGAAAAAACUUUUUCUCUCGUGACAAAUCUCAGGCGGCAUCAGAAGAAAACUUGUCCCAACGCGAAGAGAAACGAUUCAGGCGGAGAGGCGGCUCGACAGACGUGGCCAUGCGAAGACUGUGGAAAAAUUUGUUCUACAAAAGGAAAUCUCAAAAGCCACAAGUUCACCCAUCUCGGCAUAAAGAUGUACGAAUGUUUCAUCUGCGAGAAGAAGUUCACAACGAAUUCAAACCUGAAACAGCAUCUCAUAGUUCACGACGGGAAAUACAAUGGAUUACAGCCAAAACGCAAGAAGAUCACCCUUCAAAUACGUGACGAGAAAGCCAACGACACCGUUGAACCUGAUCCCAACGAGACUUCGGCAGCUGUCAGAACUCUGCAGGUCGUUUCGGACGGGUCCACACCUUCAAAAGAAGAGUAUAUCGCUGUUACAGAGCCGCCGGCAGUACCCAAAGGCAGGACCCAGAAGCCGCUCAUUGUCAAACUAGACGUUGACCGCGAUGUCAAGCCACGGCGCAAUCCGGUAUCCACGAAACCGAUUCUCUUACCUCCGCCCCCACUCAGACUAUCCUGAGUUUUCUGAUGUUACCCUGCGACACGAGUUCUGAAUAAACGGAAA